AUGUCAACCGUGUUAAAAAACCCCGACAAACUAGUAUGCGGCAACACAUCGGAAACCACCUUGGAUACAGCGCUGCACAAACUACUAACCCAAAAAUUCCCGACCACCUCACGCCAAUUGCGCACAUUUUGCAACAUGGCCAGUCGCAUAUUAAAAUUUGUGGACGUAUUUAUUAAACGUUGUCUCAAUGAAUUCACCAAGAAGAUUGUCUCGUUUGUAAUGUUCCCGAUCAAACGCGAGUUUAGCACUGUAUGCAAGUCCGGCAAACCGGGACCUAAGGCCAGGCAGCUUAUGAUCGCUGCCGAGUGCGGCAAUAAUGCCCGCCCGGGGCUACGCCGCUGUUAUUAUAGUUUCGUAGACCAGGAGCUGGGCAUGCAGUCGGUAAACGAAAAAGUCCGUAUACCUAUGGUUUGUUGCGCGUUUAAUCAAUUACGUCAGUGCUUUAUAUCGGAGGCCGAGGAAGUGAAACAGUGCACUCCCCGUACCAUUGACUAUAUGGCCCGCUGGGCCACAGAGAUAUACGGCGAGCUCAUGGAUAUUAUGUGCUAUGAAUACCCUGAAUCGAGCGAUCGAUGUGUCAAAGUGAUCAGCGAAAUACCCGAAAUUGAUAACAACACGGUUAGACCGCAAUCAUUCAUAUCGCCGUUAAUCACACUUCUCGGUAAUCUUGGCGAUGAUGAGGGUCAACCCGCUUAAGUUCACCAUAAUCAAUAUAAUACAAGUGGUUACAAGCAUGAAUGUUUUAAUUACAAAUAAAUAAUAAAUUUUAUAAUAAGUG